GACGUCGCCAUGUGGGCGUGAACGUUGUGAACAUCAACAAAAGAGAGAAAAAGGAGAAAGGAGAAAGACGAGAAGGACUCUACGAUACAGCAGGACAGAAACAGAUAUGUGGAUUUAACCUGCACUAACAGUGAAAAUAUUGUGCUGAAAACAAAGACAUCCCUUGCUCCAGUGCCAGAGACAUGGACGCCUUCAAGCUGAUGAAGGAGCUGAGGGUGAAUUAUGAGCAGGAGGCUCAUUAUCUCCCUAAAGAGACGGGGUUGAACCUCAUCGAAUCCACAAUGCAGGAUGACCGUCGGAUCUCGGCUAAGUGCAGAAAUGCCAAAGUGGAGGACCUUUGGAGUCUGACCAGCUUCUUCGGUUACAGCACGCAGACCUUCGUCCUGGCUGUCAACCUGCUGGACAGAUUCCUGGCCAUGAUGAGGAUCCAGCCAAAGCACUUGUCUUGCGUCUGCCUCAGCUGCCUCAACAUGGCGGCCAAAGUGACGGAGGAGGAGUGCAACCUGGCGCCCACCGACGAGCUCAUCCGCAUCGGCCAGUGCAGGUUCAGCGUGUCCGACCUCGAGCGCAUGGAGAAGGUCGUCGCCGACAAACUCAACUUCAAGUCCAAAGCCGUCACUGCCUUAACCUUUCUGCACUUGUACCACCAGAUCGUACUUUCACACUCCACAGACAGGAAGGAGACUCUGAGCCUGGAGAAGCUAGAGGCUCAGCUCAAAGCCUGUCUUUGCCGGAUCUCCUUCUCUAAAGCAAAGCCGUCCGUGCUGGCCUUGUCUCUCCUGAGGCAGGAGAUAGAAGCUGUUCGGUCCAAGGACAUGUUGGAGAUAGCCUAUCACAUCCAGAGACACUUGAAGAUUGUGGAUGACGAGCUGCGGCUAUGGAGUGAGCGUGUGGCGCUGUGCCUGUCGGACUACGCCUCCCCCGAAUGCAGCAAACCCAACCACAGGAAGUUGCAGUGGAUAGUGUCGCGGCGGACCGCCCAGAACCUGCACAGCCACCGCAGCGUCCCCGAGCUGCCCACCAUCCCCGAGGGCGGCUGGGAUGAGAGCGAGAGCGAGGACGCCAUGAGUUCAGGUGAAGAGUCUCUCAGCAGUUCUCUGGGCAGUGAUGCCGAAGGGCGCUUCUUCCCUAUGUACCUCCGCCGCCCAAAAUACCACCAAAACCUCCACGCCUGACGCCUCUGCCGCCACGUGCCUUGCCGUCUCCACCCCCAACCUCUUUGCUUUAUCCUAUGUUUUUAAUUUAUUGUUGUCAUAAGCUCCGGUGCUGGUGGAGAAUUGCACAAAAACAGGCAGCUGAGCAGUCCGGACUCUUCCUGGUAGACUUGGUAGAUUUUAGUUUGUAGAUGUAGUGUGUUGGUGCAUGAGAUGUCACAUUCCAGGACGCAAGAUUUUAUGGGUGUACAAGUGAUGUUAUAUGAAAUUUAGACUCGUGCAGUCUGGUCUUUAUGAUGCUGAGCUAGCAGUCAGAUAAAUAACAUCUCAGUGCUGAGGCGUCAGUUCAGACCAGAAAUGGUUCAGGUUAUCGGCAAGAAGGAAAUGAGCUUAAACAUGUGGUGUUUAAUAGACUGUUAUUAAUCUAAGACUGUUUUUAUUAAGGGUGAGGAUGAGUUUUCCUGAUGUACAGAAGCUGAGUGGCUGCAGGCUCGCUGAUCUUACUAUCUUGAUGACAAAUUAUGCCAUUUUUGGUGCUCAUAUUUAUAGUAUAGGAUAGUUGCUCAAAGAAAAGCACAUUGAUAACAAGAUGUCCUUCAAUCUGCUACCUUGAGAUCAGAAUUUUCUCAUGUUGCAAAUUCGGUGAAACGGGUCGAGUUCUCAACUGAAGCUCACAGCCUCAUUAUUAACAUUAGCUCCAAAUGUUAGGGGAUCAAGCUAAACGGAUUCAAAAAGGUACAAUGACAUUCUAUCAGUGCUCAAGCCUGCUCAUGUGUUGGCCUUUGUGGCCUGUUGGUCUGGAGAUAAAUGACUUCAACGUGAACUAGAGGUCUUCACAAGUUUGCCUGGGACCUGACCUGAGGCCUGGCCCAGUUCCAAACUAUAUUCAGUCUAAUCAGGCCUCUUAUUAUCUUGCCUUAUUAUCCUCGAGUGCAUCUUAGAUCUUUGUGUCCCACGUAUCGGUUUCAGUUAUAAAGACUUCUGAAGUAAAGUACCGAAGGGAUAUUGAAGUCUUUAUCUGGAUCACAGGGUUGAAAACUAAAUUUGAGCAUAGUUUGUCGUUUAAGAUAACUGCGUUGUGAUGUUGAUAUGACAAACUGUUGGCGAGCUCAGCCACUCUCAUCUUCUGUAGUCAAGUUCAUUUGCACAGUUUUCUUUUCUCUCAUUUCAAGUGUUAAAUGGACAGACUGGAGGUCUGGGUUUGAAUCUGAAGGGAAACAUGUUAGAAACUGUCCGGCGAAUCCUUCGUUGUCGGGGCAAUGGGGUGAAGUGCCUUGCUCAAAGGCAGCAGGGAGAGAGAUCUGAAUCAGCCUGACUUUCCCCUUCAGAUUCCAACCCCGCUGACACCACAGGGUGCUCAGAAACAAAUAUUUAACGAGUGUGUGUUUGUGGAUGUGUGUAUGUACGACCCUGGUUAAAAGUCAAAGUUGCCAAUUUUAGUAUGUAGCUUCAAAAAAAAAAAGAAUGGUGUUUUGAAACUGUUUAGAGAGAAUGUUGUAUGAACCAAUAAUGCUGACAGUGUCAAAAAAGUCUAAAAAAUGUCAAAAAUGUAAGAAAAUGUCAAUACAAAAACAUGUAAAACUGUAAAUGAUGUACAAAAAAAAACUGUUAAUAGUUCUUUGUAGAUAUUAAGUUAUUUAUUCUCUUUUUGUCACCUGUACUGAAAAAAAGAAAAUCUUAUAAAAAUCUUAUUUUUUAA